GGGCUGCAGAGGUGAAGAAGAAAGACUAGGUCAUCUUAUAUCCAGUGGAGGAUGUUUGGAUGUCAGAAAGGGUAGGGUGGUGGCUUUUUCCAGGCAGGCUAAAGGAGGGAGGUCACAAUGUGUACUUUGUGAUGAGAUCUGUCCUAUAGCUAGGGACACCAAGGACCCUACUGAGAGGUAUUCCUGCCCUCCGCAGUACUAACCACAUGCUGUCUCUCUGCCCUGGCCUCUUCUACCCCAUGCCCAGCUGUAGUCCUUUUUGGGGGUAGAGAAGCCAGUCUGCCGCCCGUCACGGAGCCACUGCCUGGGACAGACAUGAAGCGCUGGCAGAUUUUUGUCCUGUGGAUCUUUUGGGUGCUCCUCCUCUGGCUGAUGGCCCCCUAUCUGGAUCUGACACCUGAAUCAGCACCCCAGGAAAAACGAAUGUACUUGGUUCCAUGGCGUUGCAACUGCCCCUGGUUCGGUUUCGGGACGUUUGGCUGCCCUUCGGAGACCCUCAACUGCUCCUCCUGGCCCCACCCAGCCACAGAAUGGAACUGGCUUGAUGCGUGCUCCAGGAAGACCAUGGGGUACCUGACGAGGACCAGGGAGUCUGUGACUUCUGACACUGUGCACUGGUGGUUGGGCAUGAACUCGGGGAGCAAGCUUGGGAAAUUGUGGAAGAAGCUGUUUAAAGUGAUUCCCAGGCUCUCGGUGAACCAUUCUGAUUUUUAUUGUGGGACUUGUGCGCUGUUGGGGCACCCACAGAUCCUGCAGGGCUCCAGCCAUGGCAAUGACAUCGACCAAUACCCCCUGGUUUUCAGGAAUGCCAGUGACCAGGGUUCCUGGGCGCAGCUGGAGAUGCUGCUGCGGAAGCUCUUUGAGCUGGUGUGGCCUUCAGAUGCUCUGAGUGACGAGAUUUUGGAAGAUGGUCCGGUUCCCUAGUGGAGCGUAAGAUAGCAAAGACA